AUGGAUCCACCCCCUGGAACUUCAAAGUUUGUUGACCUCCUUUAUAGUCAACAAACUGUUUCCUUUGGUAACUUUGAAGAUAGUGCAACACUAUCUUCAACACAGGUUCCAUUCCGAGGCAGUGUAGGAACCGAAGCUUCAAACUUUGAUGGAGACAGUGCCGCUGGGCGUAGAGAACGUCGAAAGUGGACACCAACAGAUGAUGUUGUCCUGAUCAGCUCGUGGUUAAACACGAGCAAGGAUCAUGUGGUUGGGAACGAGCAAACAUCCUCCGGGUUUUGGAAAAGGAUUGCUGAUUACUUUUCAGCAAGUCCUCUUGUUGCUGGCCUUGAAGAGAGAGAGCCAACACACUGCAAGCAACGAUGGCAUAGGAUCAAUGACCUCGUUUCCAAGUUCUGUGGAGCGUAUGAAGCGGCUACUAGGGAAAAAACAAGCGGCCAGAAUGAAAACGACAUUGUGAAGCUAGCUCAUCAGAUAUUUUACAACAACUACCAGAAGAAAUUUACACUAGAACACGCUUGGAAGGAGCUAAGGCACGACCAGAAGUGGUGCGAGUUGGCUACUGCAAAAAAGGAAGGGAGCUUGAAGAAGAGGAAGUGUCAGGACGGUGGAGAUUCAGAGACUUCUCCACCAACUGAGAACAAACGUCCUCCUGGUGUGAAAGCCGCAAAGAAAGGGUCUAACAGGGCGGUGAUAGGGGAAGAUGAUCUUAACAAGUUUCAGUCUAUGUGGACAAUGAAACAGGCAGACUUGGCCGUGAAAGAAAGGUUGUCUCAGCUUACUCUACUUAACAGUCUCAUUGGGAAAAAAGAACCCCUUGCCGAGUAUGAAGAAACCCUCAAGCAGAAGCUGAUAAAUGCUUUGUGGUGA